AUGGCGGCGGCGGGCGGCGGCGGCGGGGGAAACGUGGGCCCGGGCCCACCCCCGGGAACCCCUCCGGGCGAGGAGGCGGCCGUCGCGGCGGCCCCCCCGGACCGUCCCGCUGCCCCCGCCGGACCCGAGCCGCGGAGGAAGCGCAGGCGAGUGCCGGGCCGCAGCCCCCCGGCAGGGUCCGGCUGGAGCCCGUCCAGCCGCUCCCGGAGGCGCCUCCCGCAGCCUCACUCGCCCCCGGCCCCGGCCCCUUCCCGGCCCCACUGCUCCCCUGUCCCUUCCAUCAACCUGAGCGGCUGCAAGUACGAGAGUGUGCGGCGGGCGGCGCAGCACUGCGGGCUGAAGGAAGCGGGAGAAAACGAGGAGUGGACGGUGUACUGGACGGACAGCUCGGUCACUUUGGAGCGCCUCAUGGAAAUGAAGCGCUUCCAGAAAAUCAACCACUUCCCAGGCAUGAUUGAGCUGUGCCGCAAGGACCUGCUGGCUCGCAACCUGAACCGCAUGCUCCGCCUCUUCCCCAAGGAGUACAACAUCUUCCCCCGCACGUGGUGCCUGCCAGCCGACUACGGAGAUUUCCAUACCUACAGUUCCAUGAGGAAAGCAAGAACAUUCAUCUGCAAGCCCGACAACAGCUGCCAGGGAAAAGGGAUCUUCAUAACCCACCACCCAGAGGACAUCAAGCAUGGGGAACGCAUGAUCUGUCAGCAGUACAUCUCUGAGCCCUUCCUCAUCGAUGGCUUCAAGUUUGACAUGCGCAUCUACGUGCUGGUCACAUCCUGUGACCCACUGAGGAUUUUUCUCUACAAGGAGGGCCUGGCCCGGUUUGCCACCAUGAGGUACAUCGAUCGCAGCACGAGAAACCUGGGUGACCUCUGCAUGCACCUGACCAAUUAUGCAAUCAACAAACACAAUGAGAACUUCGUCGAGGACGACACGGUGGGCAGCAAGAGGAAGCUGUCCACCCUGAAUGCCUGGAUGGCAGAGCACAGCUAUGACACAUCAAAGCUCUGGGCAGAUAUUGAUGACAUUGUUAUAAAGACGCUGAUUUCAGCUCACCCUGUGCUGAAACACAAUUACCAGAGCUGCUUCUCCAACCACCCUACUGGCUGCGCCUGCUUUGAAAUCCUGGGCUUUGACAUUUUGCUGGAUAGAAGGCUGAAGCCAUGGCUGCUGGAGGUGAACCACUCUCCCAGCUUCAGCACGGAUUCUCAGCUGGACCACGAGGUGAAGGAUGCCCUUCUGUGUGACACCUUCAACCUGAUCAACGUGCACGCCUGCGACAGGAGGAAGGUGCUGGAGGAAGACAAGCGGCGGGUAAAGGAACGGCUCCUUCAGGCCAACCAGACUCUCCGUGAGUCCAGGCGCAGGGAGCAGGAGAGCAGCCAGGCUGCCUGGCUGGCACAGGCUGAGACCUACGAGAACGAGCACCUGGGGGGGUUCCGACGCAUCUACCCAGCACCUGGGACAGAGAAGUACGAGCCAUUCUUCCAGCAGAGCAGGUCCCUCUUCCAGGAAACAGCAUCAUCCAAGGCACGAGAAGAGCAUGCCAGGCAGCACCUGGAGGAGAUUCGCCUGAAAAAUGAAAAGCUGGAAGCUGCCACCAGGAAGAAGAAAACAGAGAGGAUCCAGAAUAAAAGCACAGCUCCUACAAUCCACCUCUCCCACAGAAGCACCAAGUCAUGGGAUAGAAAGCGCAUACAGUACAACUCCAUGCAGCCCCAGGAUAUUGUGGAACAUGAAGAGAAGAGGAGAGUGAAUUCUCUGCUGCGGCGUGAGAAGCUGAUCCGAAAACUGGGCAUCAUCGACCAGCUUUCCCGGCUGCUCCUCACACCAGACACCCAGGAACCCUGUGCCCUCCAGAACCAGCUGCAGUUUCCCUGGGAUGUCGUUGAGAACCACAACACGGAUGAUGCAAUGAUGUUUAUCUCAUUCCUGGAAGUCCCAGCUCAGGACGGCCCUAGAGCCCAGGCCAGGCCACGGCCCAUCCCAGGCCCAGAUCCCAACGACAUGAAGACUCUCUGCGUUCAGGGCAGGAGUGUCCUGUACCACGCACGGCACGAGGGCUCCCGGGCACUGGGCGGGGGCUGGCUGCAGGGCCAGGCCGCGGGGGCAGCCAUCACCCAGCCCUGUGUCCACCCUAAGAGGCAGCAGCUGAGAGAACAGCAGCUGAGAGAAGAGCAGCCCCCUGAGACCAGAACCCAGGCUGAAGGCUGUAAGUACACAUCACCUUCCUGUGGAUGCUCCUGGCCUUACCAGGGUGAGAGGAACGGGUGGGCUGGAUGGAGCUCUCAGGGAUGCUGGGACACUGCAAAAGAGUCACUAUGCUCUGCCUGGGACACUGGCAACCACUGGAAGUCUCUGUCUGAGGCUUGGAGCAUCCCAUUUGCAGGGACAGGGAAGUACCAUGGGUGGUUUCCCAGGAUCAAGGGUUGAUGUGCAGACAGGGGGAGUGUGAGAAGCCAGGAAGGUCAAAGGGGUGCAUUAACUCCUGGAGGUCAGAGGGGACAUGGUGACACAGCACAGACCCCAGUCUCUUCCCAGGCCUCCCUCCCACCACACCGCUCCCUGCCCAUGUUCUCACCCUCCAUCCUCGCCCUGCCUGGCUCCCCAGCAUCAGCUUCAUCCACUUUGCAGCCUUAGGACCAGGGGAGCAGGGCUAGAGGAGGGGCUGCCAGGACCAAGCCCCACUGGGAAGGGCAGUGGGGACUGCUG